AUGGCAGCCUCCAGAACCCUCAGAAUAGGCCUCAUCCCCGGUGACGGCAUUGGCCGAGAGGUCAUUCCGGCUGGCCGUCGCAUCCUGGAAGCCCUUCCCGCGUCGCUGGGAUUGAAAUUUUCGUUCGUCGACUUGGAAGCCGGCUUCGACACCUUCAAACAGACCAAAACCGCCUUGCCCGACAAGACUGUUGAAACCCUGAAGAAAGAAUGCGACGGUGCCCUCUUUGGGGCAGUGAGCUCGCCAACCACCAAGGUAGCGGGAUACUCCUCUCCCAUUGUUGCCCUCCGCAAACGCCUGGAUCUCUACGCCAACGUCCGGCCCGUGAAAACGACUGCAGGGGCCAAACUUGCUGCCCCAAUUGACCUGGUCAUUGUCCGUGAGAAUACUGAGGACCUCUACGUGAAGGAUGAAAAGACCUACGACACCCCCGAGGGCAAGGUGGCGGAGGCCAUCAAGAGAAUAUCCGAACGCGCAUCGUCUCGCAUCGCGACAAUUGCAGGCGACAUCGCACUCCGUCGCCAAAAGAUUCGCGACGCGGGACACCCGGCAGCCCGAUCCAGCCCCAUGGUCACGAUCACCCACAAGAGCAACGUGUUGAGCCAGACCGAUGGGCUGUUCCGCGAAGCUGCUCGCAAGGCUCUGUCCCAACAAAAGUUCUCGGCCGUCGAGGUUGAAGAGCAGAUUGUUGACUCCAUGGUUUACAAACUCUUCCGCCAGCCAUCUUAUUACGAUGUGAUCGUGGCGCCCAACCUCUACGGAGAUAUCCUCUCUGACGGAGCUGCUGCGUUGGUCGGCAGCUUGGGCCUGGUUCCCAGCGCCAAUGUUGGAGACGGUUUUGCAAUUGGCGAGCCAUGUCACGGCAGUGCCCCUGAUAUCGAAGGCAAGGGUAUUGCGAACCCUAUCGCCACGCUACGCAGCGCCGGUCUGAUGCUUGAGUUCCUUGGAGAGGAGAAGGCCGCAGCAAAGAUCUACGCUGCCGUCGAUGCAAACUUGGACGAAGGGAAGUACUUGUCUCCUGAUUUAGGAGGCAAGGCUACGACACAAGAAGUGCUGGACGACGUUCUCAGACGCCUUUAG